AUGUCUGGCGCCGACAAACUCCGCGAGCAAGCGAUUUUCAGCAUCGGGCUUUUGAAAGCCCCAACCUCCCGCUACUUGAGUCGCAGGGACCGUGAUCUCGUUGUCCAAACCAUUAACGAGCUGAUGUCGGCCUGGAAGCUUGCCGAACGCCCGCCCGAACAAGAAAAGGUCUCCGCUUGUCAAGCCGACGAGCGAACUGCAGAAGAAAACCAGCUCAACCUAGAGGCUUCAAUUCCCAAUUGGAAAAGGUCUCAUUUCAACCAUGCUCCAGACCGCAUCACAACUGAGAUGGAUCAUUGCGCACCGCACGUCUCAGACACUGUGCAGGUGGAUGCUUGGUCGUUUGUCGUUGGUUUUUACAGCUACGACGAUCUUCAGAGCUUGUACUCGAAACCAGAGUGCCACCCGGACAUCUAUCACGAAGAUGGAGGCAUUGCGAUGCAUUGGCCAAGCAUUGGAGCGAUUGUCGAGUUCGAGGCCAGUGGGGAGGUUGGUGCUUCGCUCGUUCGGCUGCCGAGCAAGUCCGAACAACUCAUCAUUCCCAAGCAGAAUCGAACCAACACUGUCAACCAGCUGCUCAGUUUCAUCUCUCCGCAGCUUUUGCAGCAUGGGGCUGCGGUUCUGGACAAGCUUCGAGUUCAAGCUUCCAAAAGUCCCGCGAUCAAGCACUUUUAG